AUGAUAUCAAUAAAUAGUAAUCCUUCAUCUCCAAAGAAUCCCCAUCUGUCCAAACAUGGAGGUAACAAUCACAACAACGACAAUGGCGGCGGAAGCAGCAGCAGCAGUAGCAGUAUAAACACAUCAGGGACCCACAACAACAGUCAUGGAAACAGUAGUUCCAGUACUACCACUACUACUACUGCUUCUAGCAGUUGUGGAAAGAAUACAUCAUUUCCACAAAUAUCACAGUUCAAAGCCACCAAGAUGAUCUUGAACUCGGCCAAACAUAAAUUACAUAGUCCACAUUCAAUAUCUUCAAAUCAUCCAACAGUUAAACAACAUCAACAACAGCAACAACAUAAUGAUCAAGAUGUUGACAAGACCAAUAUCACAUCGUUCACUGGCAUCAUGUACAAGAUGCUGGUGUUUAUCAUCUCACUCCUGCCCGGUCUGCUCAUUGAGAAGUUUCUCAUGCUCUUUGCCUAUGUACAGAUCGAGCUGAUCAGGGCCAAGGGCAGAACUAUCGACCCGGAGCGUACAUACUCCAAGCUGAAGAAGAAGAGGAAGUUAAAGAAGAAGAACAAGUCCAUCAAGCUAUCCCAUAGUGCUUCGUCAAGCCGGCCAAGCUCACCACUACUCACUGCAAUCAAGGAGGAUCCAAACAACGGCUUCCCAUCGCCAAGUGAUAUGCCAGUGCUCCGCAUCGUCCCUCCACAGACAGAUGGUGCUACUCCUACCACAUCCACAUCGAAUCACCAUCCCUCGGACAUUGAGCAUCACAAGUCGCCAGACUCCCAUCUAUCGAUCCCUUCAUCAACAUCACAUAGUCACGGACAUACCAAGUCGCUUAGCACCGAUGGUACACACCAAAUAGACAAUCCUGAGUUGUACCUUAGACAACAACAUGCUGCGGCAUGGGGCGCCCCAAACGUUCCAUUGACAGCGAGCACCAACAGUGCUCAGUCCCAGCCGGCCACCCCCGCCCCAAGCAUGCGCAUGCGCUCCGACUCAAUCUGCACCUCUCAACCAUCAAGAUCAAUCUCUGAGAUCAGACGAGUGAACAGUGAAGCAACACUCUAUCAGACUUAUGAGGACCAGAUGUUGUUUGAGGCCAAUCAACAGAGUCGCAAGGAGUUUGAGGACUUCCUUCGUUCGGUCAAGGACAUCAAGGACGUGCGCAACUGGUUGCAGAACUUCAGCAGUAGCGAGUCCAAGAAGAUUGCCAUCGUCAAGAUCAGCCGACGUAUCCUUGACACACAGUUUGGCGUAGACCAAGCAGCCGCAGCACUCUGCUUCAUGUACAAGUUUGGCCUGUACCCAGUUGUCAUUCAUGGAGGUCUCAACGACAUUGCCCGUCUACCCGUGUCUCAGGUGAUCCAAGAGAGGCGCUCCAGGUCAGCCAUAUUGAAGGAGGCAAUCAAGAAGAAUGGAGUCAGCUGUACAAUGCUCACACCAGAUAUAUGUGAGAUUGAGCCGAGCAUUCAAGACAUAUCGGACACGUUGUCGGAGGAGGAGUUGGAGUUUGGAAAGGAGGACACGUUGCCAAACGCAGGAUUGGCCAUGAAGAUUGAUAGCUUUGACUACAACAUCCUCACUCAAGCGUUGGAGAAGGGCAAGAUACCAAUCUGGGACUCAGUUGCCGAGACUACCGAUGGUGUAGAGAUACCCAUCAACUCGGAUGUCACCACCUUUGAGUUGGCCAAGCGUCUCCAACCAUUCAAGAUCAUCUUUGCCACCAAUGACGGUGGCAUCCUGGACGUCGACCACAAGGCCAUCCCAGUGGUCUACCUCAACGAAGAUUUCAAACGUCUUAUGCAAUCGGAGCACACCACGGACCGUCGUCGUGUACUACUGAAACAGAUGAAGCGCAUAGUCGACCAUCUCCCUUCGUCCACAUCAGUUAUCGUCACAUCCAUCGAGUCCAUCACUCAUCAAAUCCUAUUCCCACGUCUGGCCAAUGGAACAGUGAUCAAGAGACGCCAGGACAACAAAGUUGAACACUUUGACAGAGAUACUUUGGACAAUGUGGACAAGGCCAAGCUGAAAAAGUUGAUCGAGGAUAGCUUUGGCAGACCAUUAUCCCCAGACUACUUUGAGUAUCUCAAGGAUAACCUAUUUAGACUGUACCUAUGUGUCUCAUCCGAGGGUGAAUACAAUGGUUGUGCAGUUGUAACAUUCAAGAAACCAGACUACAUACCUUAUUUGUGCAAGUUCUGUGUACAAAAGUCAGCUCAAGGACUUGGACUUGGUGAUCUGAUAUGGAGAAUAUUACAGAGAGAUAUUGACAAGUUGUAUUGGAGGUCAAGGAACAACAAUCCACUCAACUCUUGGUAUUUCCAGAGAUGCCAAGGAUCGUUCCGAGCCGACGACCACUUCACCGUGUUCUGGUACGGCGAUGACAAAUUUGAGGAUGGCAGCAUGAUGAUAGAGGAGGCGCUACGCAAGCCUAUCACUGUGUUGCCCGCCAUCGCAUCGUCCUAA